GAUGAGAAGAUGGCAGCGCGGCUGCUCGCACCACCAGGCCCUGAUAGUUUCAAGCCUUUCACCCCUGAGUCGCUGGCAAACAUCGAGAGGCGCAUUGCUGAGAGCAAGCUCAAGAAACCACCCAAGGCCGAAGGCAGUCAUCGGGAAGACGAUGAGGACAGCAAGCCCAAGCCAAACAGUGACCUGGAGGCAGGGAAGAGUCUGCCUUUCAUCUAUGGGGACAUCCCACAAGGCCUGGUCGCAGUUCCCCUGGAGGACUUUGACCCAUACUAUUUGACGCAGAAAACCUUUGUAGUAUUAAACAGAGGGAAAACUCUCUUCAGAUUUAGUGCCACGCCUGCCUUGUACAUUUUAAGUCCUUUUAACCUGAUAAGAAGAAUAGCUAUUAAAAUUUUGAUACAUUCAGUAUUUAGCAUGAUCAUUAUGUGCACUAUUUUGACCAACUGUGUAUUCAUGACUUUUAGUAACCCUCCUGAAUGGUCGAAGAAUGUGGAGUACACAUUCACAGGGAUUUAUACAUUUGAAUCACUAGUGAAAAUCAUUGCAAGAGGUUUCUGCAUAGAUGGCUUUACCUUUUUACGGGAUCCGUGGAACUGGUUAGAUUUCAGUGUCAUCAUGAUGGCAUAUGUGACAGAGUUUGUGGACCUGGGCAAUGUCUCAGCGCUGAGAACAUUCAGGGUUCUCCGAGCUUUGAAAACUAUCUCUGUAAUUCCAGGCCUGAAGACCAUUGUGGGUGCCCUAAUCCAGUCAGUGAAGAAGCUGUCAGAUGUGAUGAUUCUGACAGUGUUCUGCCUGAGUGUCUUUGCCUUGAUUGGACUGCAGCUGUUCAUGGGCAACCUGCGAAAUAAGUGUGUUGUGUGGCCCAUAAACUUCAACGAGAGCUAUCUGGAAAAUGGCACCAAAGGCUUUGAUUGGGAAGAAUAUAUCAACAAUAAAACAAAUUUUUACACAGUUCCUGGCAUGCUGGAACCUUUACUCUGUGGGAACAGUUCUGAUGCUGGGCAAUGCCCAGAGGGAUACCAGUGUAUGAAAGCAGGAAGGAACCCCAAUUAUGGUUACACAAGCUUUGACACUUUCAGCUGGGCCUUCUUGGCAUUAUUUCGCCUUAUGACCCAGGACUACUGGGAAAACUUGUAUCAGUUGACUUUACGAGCAGCUGGGAAAACGUACAUGAUCUUCUUCGUCUUGGUCAUCUUUGUGGGAUCUUUCUAUCUCGUGAAUUUGAUCUUGGCUGUGGUGGCCAUGGCUUAUGAAGAGCAGAAUCAGGCAACCCUGGAGGAGGCAGAGCAAAAAGAGGCUGAAUUCAAAGCAAUGUUGGAGCAACUUAAGAAGCAACAGGAAGAGGCACAGGCUGCUGCAAUGGCAACCUCCGCAGGCACUGUCUCAGAAGAUGCCAUCGAGGAAGAAGGUGAAGAAGGGGCAGGCUCUCCUCGCAGCUCCUCUGAAAUAUCUAAACUCAGUUCCAAGAGUGCCAAAGAAAGACGUAACAGGAGAAAGAAGAGGAAGCAGAAGGAACUCUCUGAAGGAGAGGAAAAAGGGGAUCCUGAGAAGGUGUUUAAGUCGGAGUCAGAAGAUGGUAUGAGGAGGAAGGGCUUUCGGCUGCCAGACAACAGAAUCGGGAGGAAAUUUUCCAUCAUGAACCAGUCACUGCUCAGCAUCCCGGGCUCCCCGUUCCUCUCCCGGCACAACAGCAAAAGCAGCAUCUUCAGCUUCAGGGGGCCCGGGCGGUUCCGCGACCCGGGCUCGGAGAACGAGUUCGCGGACGACGAGCACAGCACGGUGGAGGAGAGUGAGGGCCGCCGGGACUCACUCUUCAUCCCGAUCCGGGCCCGCGAGCGCCGCAGCAGCUACAGCGGCUACAGCGGCUACAGCCAGGCCAGCCGCUCUUCGCGCAUCUUCCCCAGCCUGCGGCGCAGCGUCAAGCGCAACAGCACGGUCGACUGCAACGGCGUGGUGUCCCUCAUCGGCGGCCCGGGCUCCCACAUCGGCGGGCGGCUCCUGCCAGAGGUGAAAAUAGAUAAGGCAGCUACCGAUGACAGUGCUACAACUGAGGUGGAAAUUAAGAAGAAAGGCCCUGGAUCUCUCUUAGUUUCCAUGGACCAACUGGCCUCCUAUGGACGGAAGGACAGAAUCAACAGUAUAUUGAGUGUUGUUACAAAUACACUAGUUGAAGAGCUGGAAGAGUCUCAGAGAAAGUGCCCGCCAUGCUGGUAUAAAUUUGCCAAUACUUUCCUCAUCUGGGAGUGUCACCCCUACUGGAUAAAACUGAAAGAGAUUGUGAACUUGAUCGUUAUGGAUCCUUUUGUGGACUUGGCCAUCACCAUCUGCAUUGUCCUCAAUACCCUGUUUAUGGCCAUGGAGCACCAUCCCAUGACACCACAAUUUGAACACGUCUUGGCUGUAGGAAAUCUGGUUUUCACUGGAAUUUUCACAGCGGAAAUGUUCCUGAAGCUCAUAGCCAUGGAUCCCUACUAUUAUUUCCAAGAAGGUUGGAACAUUUUUGACGGAUUUAUUGUCUCCCUCAGUUUAAUGGAACUGGGUCUAGCAGACGUGGAGGGGCUUUCGGUGCUGCGAUCUUUCCGAUUGCUCCGAGUCUUCAAAUUGGCCAAAUCCUGGCCCACCCUGAACAUGCUGAUCAAGAUUAUUGGAAAUUCAGUGGGUGCCCUGGGCAACCUGACCCUGGUGCUGGCCAUUAUUGUCUUUAUCUUUGCCGUGGUAGGGAUGCAACUCUUUGGAAAGAGCUACAAAGAGUGUGUCUGCAAGAUCAACCAGGACUGUGAACUCCCUCGCUGGCACAUGAAUGACUUUUUCCAUUCCUUCCUCAUUGUCUUUCGAGUGUUGUGCGGGGAGUGGAUCGAGACCAUGUGGGACUGCAUGGAAGUGGCAGGCCAGGCCAUGUGCCUCAUUGUCUUCAUGAUGGUCAUGGUUAUUGGCAACUUGGUGGUGCUGAACCUGUUUCUGGCCUUGCUUCUGAGCUCCUUCAGUGCAGACAACCUGGCCGCCACAGACGACGAUGGGGAAAUGAACAACCUACAGAUCUCAGUCAUCCGGAUCAAGAAGGGGGUGGCUUGGGCCAAACUGAAAGUGCAUGCCUUCAUGCAGGCCCACUUCAAGCAGCGUGAGGCCGACGAGGUGAAGCCUCUGGACGAGCUAUAUGAAAAGAAGGCCAACUGCAUCGCCAACCACACUGGUGCAGACAUCCACCGGAAUGGUGACUUCCAGAAGAACGGCAAUGGCACAACCAGUGGCAUUGGCAGCAGUGUGGAGAAGUAUAUCAUUGAUGAGGACCACAUGUCCUUCAUCAACAACCCCAACUUGACUGUGCGGGUGCCCAUUGCUGUUGGAGAGUCUGAUUUUGAGAACCUCAACACAGAGGAUGUUAGCAGCGAGUCGGAUCCUGAAGGCAGCAAAGAUAAACUGGAUGAUACUAGCUCCUCUGAAGGAAGCACCAUCGAUAUCAAACCCGAAGUAGAGGAAGUCCCUGUGGAACAGCCAGAGGAGUACUUGGAUCCAGACGCCUGCUUCACAGAAGGUUGUGUCCAGCGAUUCAAGUGCUGCCAGGUCAACAUCGAAGAAGGGCUAGGCAAGUCCUGGUGGAUCCUGAGGAAAACCUGCUUCCUCAUCGUGGAGCACAAUUGGUUUGAGACCUUCAUCAUCUUCAUGAUUCUGCUCAGCAGUGGCGCCCUGGCCUUCGAGGACAUCUACAUCGAGCAGAGAAAGACCAUCCGUACCAUCCUGGAAUACGCUGACAAAGUCUUCACCUACAUCUUCAUCCUGGAGAUGUUGCUCAAGUGGACAGCCUACGGCUUCGUCAAGUUCUUCACCAAUGCCUGGUGCUGGCUGGACUUCCUCAUUGUGGCUGUCUCUUUAGUCAGCCUUAUAGCUAAUGCCCUGGGCUACUCGGAACUAGGUGCCAUAAAGUCCCUUAGGACCCUAAGAGCUUUGAGACCCUUAAGAGCCUUAUCACGAUUUGAAGGGAUGAGGGUGGUGGUGAAUGCCUUGGUGGGCGCCAUCCCCUCCAUCAUGAAUGUGCUGCUGGUGUGUCUCAUCUUCUGGCUGAUUUUCAGCAUCAUGGGAGUUAACCUGUUUGCGGGAAAGUAUCACUACUGCUUUAAUGAGACUUCUGAAAUCCGAUUUGAUAUUGAAGAUGUCAACAAUAAAACUGAGUGUGAAAAGCUCAUGGAGGGGAACAACACAGAAAUCAGGUGGAAGAAUGUGAAGAUCAACUUUGACAACGUUGGGGCAGGCUACCUGGCGCUUCUUCAAGUGGCAACCUUCAAAGGCUGGAUGGACAUCAUGUAUGCAGCUGUAGAUUCCCGAAAGCCUGACGAGCAGCCUAAAUAUGAGGACAACAUCUACAUGUACAUCUACUUUGUCAUCUUCAUCAUCUUCGGCUCCUUCUUCACCCUGAACCUGUUCAUUGGUGUCAUCAUUGAUAACUUCAAUCAACAAAAGAAAAAGUUUGGAGGUCAGGACAUCUUCAUGACCGAAGAACAGAAGAAGUACUACAAUGCCAUGAAAAAGCUGGGCUCAAAGAAACCACAGAAACCCAUUCCCCGCCCCCUGAACAAAAUCCAAGGUAUCAUCUUUGAUUUUGUCACUCAACAAGCCUUUGAUAUCGUUAUCAUGAUGCUCAUCUGCCUUAACAUGGUGACAAUGAUGGUAGAGACAGAUACGCAGAGCAAGCAGAUGGAAAACAUUCUCUACUGGAUUAACCUGGUCUUCGUGAUCUUUUUCACCUGUGAGUGUGUGCUCAAAAUGUUUGCCUUGAGGCACUACUACUUCACCAUUGGCUGGAACAUCUUUGACUUCGUGGUAGUCAUCCUGUCCAUUGUGGGAAUGUUCCUGGCUGAUAUAAUUGAGAAAUACUUUGUUUCCCCAACCCUAUUCCGAGUCAUCCGAUUGGCCCGUAUUGGGCGCAUCUUGCGUCUGAUCAAAGGUGCCAAAGGGAUUCGUACCCUGCUCUUUGCCUUAAUGAUGUCCUUGCCUGCUCUGUUCAACAUUGGCCUUCUGCUCUUCCUGGUCAUGUUCAUCUUCUCCAUCUUUGGGAUGUCCAAUUUUGCAUAUGUGAAGCACGAGGCUGGCAUUGAUGACAUGUUCAACUUUGAGACCUUUGGCAACAGCAUGAUCUGCCUGUUUCAGAUCACAACCUCGGCUGGUUGGGAUGGCCUGCUGCUGCCCAUCCUAAACCGCCCCCCGGACUGCAGUCUGGAUAAGGAACACCCAGGGAGUGGCUUCAAGGGAGACUGUGGGAACCCCUCAGUGGGCAUCUUCUUCUUUGUAAGCUACAUCAUCAUCUCCUUCCUAAUCGUUGUGAACAUGUACAUCGCCAUCAUCUUGGAGAACUUCAGUGUAGCCACAGAGGAAAGUGCCGACCCUCUGAGCGAGGACGACUUUGAGACCUUCUAUGAGAUCUGGGAGAAGUUUGACCCCGAUGCCACCCAGUUCAUCGAGUACUGUAAGCUGGCAGACUUUGCGGAUGCCUUGGAGCACCCUCUCCGAGUGCCCAAGCCCAACACCAUCGAGCUCAUUGCCAUGGACCUGCCCAUGGUCAGCGGGGAUCGCAUCCACUGCUUGGACAUCCUUUUUGCCUUCACCAAGCGGGUCCUGGGAGAUAGCGGGGAGUUGGACAUCCUCCGGCAGCAGAUGGAGGAGCGGUUCGUGGCAUCCAAUCCUUCCAAAGUGUCUUACGAGCCAAUCACGACCACACUGCGGCGCAAGCAGGAGGAGGUGUCGGCGGUGGUCCUGCAGCGCGCCUACCGGGGACAUUUAGCAAGGCGGGGCUUCAUUUGCAAAAAGACCACUUCCAAUAAGCUGGAGAACGGAGGCACGCACCGGGAGAAAAGAGAGAGCACCCCGUCUACAGCCUCCCUCCCGUCCUAUGACAGUGUAACUAAACCUGAGAAGGAGAAACAGCAACGGGCAGAGGAAGGAAGAAGGGAAAGGGCCAAAAGACAAAAGGAGGUCAGAGAAUCCAAGUGUUAG